CCCUGACCAAUCAUCCACCUGUGUCCGCAUACCAUCGAUCUCGCGGCCCAACCUCCCCCCCCCUCUCCUUCCCCGAUCCUUAUAAGGGGCCAUGACCGGCUCGCCGCCCGGUUCCCCCGCGGGUGCGCCCCAGCGUCCGAUCAGUGCCAUCAUGCGCACCCCUCGCAGCACCAGCCGCCUCAGCAUGAGCAGUAAACAUGGCGGAGGAAGUCGGGCCUCCGACGAGGAUGGCAAGACGGCGGUCAAAGUUGCUGUCCGUGUGCGCCCGCCUCUUAAGCCCACCGACCCCGGAUACGAGUUGGUCCCGCAGCGCUUCCAACGCUCCAUGGUCCAUGUCAUGAACCCAACCAGCGUCGCCAUCGAUGUGCCCCAGGGCCGCAAGCUGUUCGUUUUCGAUCGAGUGUUUCCCGAGACGGUCGACCAGGAUGGCAUCUGGGAGUAUCUCAGUGAGAGUGUGAGCUCUUUCCUGCAAGGCUACAACGUCUCCAUCCUGGCCUACGGUCAAUCCGGUGCGGGCAAGUCCUACACGAUGGGAACCUCGGGGCCGAGCGAGCAGCAAACAAACUCUAUGGGAAUCAUCCCCCGUGCGGCUCAGCUUCUCUUCGAGCAGUUGGAAGGACCGUCCAAACCGAACCGGAACAGCGGCACGGGUCUUCGCACCCCUUCUCGAUAUUCGGUCGGUUCCACUUCCAGCUUUGGGAAGGGAAGUGCCGAUAAGACUUGGCAAUUGAAAGCCACUUACGUUGAAAUCUAUAACGAACAACUACGCGACCUCCUGGUUCCCGACUCUACCCCCCAGGGUGACCGUGGGACAGUCACCAUCCGCGAAGACACCAAAGGCCGUAUUAUUCUCACCGGGCUCCACCAGGUGAACAUCAACUCGAUUGAGGACUUGAUGGGCGCCCUCAGCUUCGGAUCUUCCAUCCGACAGACCGAUUCCACCGCCAUCAACGCCAAGUCGUCCCGCUCACACGCCGUAUUCAGUUUGAACCUGGUGCAACGCAAAUCGCCCAACGGGGUCAUCACCCCCGCCCCCAAGGAUAAGCGGACGUCGAUGGAUGUGAUGUCUGGCGCGGAUGCUUCUGUUAUGGUGGACAGCAAACUGCAUUUCGUCGAUCUGGCGGGAAGUGAAAGAUUGAAAAACACUGGGGCCUCGGGCGAACGGGCCCGGGAAGGUAUCUCGAUCAACGCCGGUCUCGCCGCCCUGGGAAAGGUCAUUUCGCAGCUGUCGUCUCGCCAAUCCGGGUCCCACGUUUCCUACCGCGACUCGAAACUUACGCGACUGCUCCAGGAUUCGCUGGGUGGAAACGCCUACACUUACAUGAUCGCCUGUGUGAACCCCGCGGAGUUCCACCUGAGCGAAACCUUGAACACCGUCCAGUACGCCCAACGAGCGAGGGCGAUCCAGAGCAAGCCCCGCAUCCAACAGGUCACCGACGAGAGCGACAAGCAUGCCGUGAUUGAACGGUUGAAGGCGGAAGUCGCGUUCCUACGUCAGCAGCUCCGCAACGCGGAGGACAACGGUCGACGAAGCGCGGCCCCCCCGGAUCGGGCGGAGCGGCAGAACGAGCGCGAAGUCGAGAUUCAGAACCAGCUGCUCGACGUCCAGGAGAGCUACAACGCGCUCAGCCAGCGACAUGCCAAGCUGAUCUCCGACAUCGCCAGAGAUUCGGAACAGGGCGGCGAGGCGGAGCUGAAUGAUGUCGCCAGCCUGGUCGGUCGGAGCUCCGUGGAGCGGCUCAAGCGUUCCCAGUCGUUUGCGGAGUCCAUCGAACAGGUCGUUCUCGAGUAUGAAAAGACCAUCCAGAGUCUGGAGUCGUCUCUUUCCAACACUCGCUCCUCGCUGUCCAGCACCGAAAGCGCGCUUCUGGAGCGCGAAACCAAAUGUGCCUACGUGGAAACCGUCAACGCCCAACUGCAGGGGCGCAUUCAGAAGCUUAUGGAUCGCGAGAGCAGCACCGAAACCUAUAUGCAUGAGCUCGAGUCGAAGCUUGAUGGACACUCCUCGGGUGAAGAAAAGCAUGCCGCCAUCGUCUCGGAGUUGCGCAAGGAACUUGGCCGUGCCCGCGAGAGCGAGAUCAACUGUGAAGAUUACAUCGCCACUUUGGAGGAACGGUUGGCCGAAGCGGAUCAAGACAUGGAGCUCAUGCAACGGGAGAUGGAACGGCUGGAGCACGUGAUUGAACGCCAGCGCAGCUUGGGCAAGCUCGACAAUCUCCUCUACGAACUCGACCACGUCCAGCAAAACGGGACCGAGCAGGAGCCCGAGGAGGAACCGGAGCAUGCCCCCGUAGUGGUCAAGGGCGCGUUCAACCCUCGCAAUCGGGCAACUUCCCUGGAUGUGCUCACAGAAGCCGUGGAAACCGCCAUCCCCGAGUCCGAUGAAGAGCUGGGCGAACCAGUUCCUGAUCUCGAAAAGGACGUCCCCGGUGAAGCGGAAUCGGUUGCCGAGUCGGAUGAGGCCGAUUUGAAAGCGUUGGAAACCGCUACUAGCCACUUGGAUUCCCGGCAUAACGGAGUGGUGCACAGUCGAGCGUCUAACCCUACUCAGUCGAAGAUCGUUGCGGACAAACUCGACACCGUGACACAAGAGCUUCUCGACCUGCGCAUGCAGCAUGAAACUACCAUCAGCGACUACGAAAUUCUUGAGACUAAGUACCAGGAGGCAAUGAAGGCGCUUGUAGAGCUCCAGCAGGACGCUGCCGACGAAGUUCGCCAUCCUGCUUCGCAGAUUCAGGGUCUCCUCGCCCCCGACGCUCUUUCUCGUCCCGUGUCUUUUUUAGAGGAUGCGAAGGCCCCCGGCUUGAACGGUGGAAAACAACUGUCGUUCUCUCAAUCACUCUCUUCGGAGUUGUCCUCGGCCGGGGCGCCUGCUUCUUCGCCCGAGCCAUCUAACGCGACCGAAGCUGCCCCCGAGGAAGGCGAGCUCGAUGCGCGAGCCGCAGAAAUUGAGGCCCAGGCGCAAGAGGUUGAACAGAUGCGCCGGCUGCUCUCCGAGCACCAGGAAGGUGUUAGUAUCAUGACGCAGAAGUACGCCGAGUUGCAGUCGGAACAUGAGGAGACGAUGAACCUUAUCGAAACCCUCAAGGCUGAGCUGCAGCGUUCCAGGAACUCUUCACCGCCAACUACGCCAGGUCUGAGAACCCCUGUGAUCCGGAGAAAGACAAGCCAGAGUCUGAUCGGCACUGUCGAUCGGGCACACCGCUCCCUCGCCGCCUUGCGUAAUAUUGCAGUCGAGGAAUUUGACUCACGCCCCGAUACCAUGCAGAACUUCGAGGUCCACCUCGACUCGGCUAUGCACGAGCUGUACAACCGCAUGGAACGGAUCCAGGCGCUGGAAAUCGAGAACCAGAGUGUUAAGAAAGAGAUGGAGAUGAAAUCCACCAUUAUCUCUGGACUCACUCGCGAGAGAUCCAGUUUACAGGGCGGCGCGUCUUCAGUUGACAUGGGGCUCGUCUCUCAGCUGCGUGACCAGGUGGUCCAGCAGGAGAACAUCAUCAAUGAAAUGAAGGAGGCGCAUGACUCACGGGAAAAGCAGCUCCUUGCCGAGAUUGAAGUACUCAAGGGUUUGCUCAAGACCCAGGAAGCCGCUGCGAAAGCCCAGGAUGCAGGCGCUGAGGAGCAGGACCGGAAGAUUGCCGCCCUCGAGGGCGAUCUGACGGAUCUGAAGAGCAAGCACCAGAACGCCAUGCAAUCACUGCAGUCGUCCGAAGACCAACUGACCGCGACGUUGGCGGAGCUUGACCGUGCUCUGGCGUCCAUCGAUGCGAUGCGUUCCGAGCAGGCAGCCGCGGGUGUAGCCUCUGCCUCCAAGGAUGCUGCGGCCAGGGAACUGGAGACCGAGCGAGCCGAACAAGAAGACCUCGUCAACAAGUUGAAGCACGUUAUCGACGAGCACAAGGCUACAUCUGCGGGUCACCUGGAGAAGAUCGCGUCGCUCGAGAAGUCGUAUGGCGAGGCGCAGCUGCAACUGUCGGAUCUGCUUGCUGCCAAGGACAUUGAUAGCAGCGAGGUCGAAGCGCAUCAGUCUCGUGUUUCCGAACUGGAGCAGGAGAUCGAGGGCCACAAGUCCGUGGCAGACUCGUACAAGGCAGAACUGGAGUCGUUGCAGGAGUCUCACAAGCAAGAGUUGAGCGAACUGGAGGCUCGGGCGGCGGCAGCGGCGCAGGCUGAGUACGAAUCGCGCUUCACCGAGAUGAAUGCCGAGCAUGACGAGGCGAUCAAGGUUCUCAGAUCGGAGAUCGUUGAGUCCCGGAACGAGUUGACGAAGCUUAUCAGCAUGGUUUCAGGGCUCCUCAAUUCCGACGUGACCGCGGAGAAUCUGGCGGAGCAGAUCGAGGAGGUUCUGACGCAGAAGCAGUAUUUCUCAGACAAGUACGCGGAGCUCAUGGAUACGAACGAAGACCUCCGGAAGCAGCUGGAGUCCACGGGCAGCGAUUCCGGUCGCCUGGAGGAGCUCACGAAGAGCAACUCGACCAAAGAGGCCAAGGUCAACGAGCUGGCGGUGUUGGUCGCCACCCUCGAAGACACGCUGCGGCAAAAGGACGAGCAGGUGAAGAAGAAGGAAGCGAUAAUUGCCGAGGUGGUGGCGGAGAAGGAGCGUAGCGUGCGGCUGGUGGAAGAACUGGAGGAGCAGAUCACCAGCAGCUUCGACCAGCACCACAACCGUCUCUCGGUCAUCCAGGCCGAGCGCGACCAGGCCCUGGAGGACGCGAAAGCGAAGAUUACGACUUACGAGAGCGACAUCGAGACGUACCGCGUCCGGAUCGAGCAGCUCGAGCUCCAGAUCAAGAACCAGGACAGCUCGCACGACCGCAGCAGCUCGAUCACGUCCAACCUGCGCAAGAGCUCUUCAGCGGCCUCCCUUCCCUCGCCACCCCCGGCCAUCCCCUUGCCGCCGCUGCCCAACAUCGCGGCGACGGCCAACGGCACGGGCAGCAUCUCGCCGCCCAGCUCGCGCCACGCGAGCAAGGAACUGGUGAGCGCGCAGAUGGUGGAGGACCAGGAGUCGCGCAUCCGGACGAUCGAGAAGCACCUGAACGCGGAGAAGCAGCUGACGGCGACGCUGGAGGAGGCGCUCGGCGACCUGGAGGCGCAGAGCAACAAGGUCAAGUCGGACUGCGAGGCGUGGAAGAAGAAGGCGUGGCAGCUGGAGGAAGAGCUGACGACGCUCCGCAAAGAGCGCACCUCGCAGCGCCUGUCGCUCCAGGCCGUCGAGGAGGAGCGUAGCGCGCGGCGCGAGGCCGAAGCCGCGCGCGCCCAGCUCGAAGAGCGCAUGAACGCGCUGAACAAGAAGAAGAAGAAGAGCACUCUCAACUGUUUCUAGACUGGCUAGACGCGAGGGCGCUAGCGAGUCUUGUCGGCCUCCUUUUGUUCCCCCCUUUUGUGCUACGAUGUCCAGUCCCCUGUAUUAUGAACUCGCCAUCGAUUCCCCCUUUUGAUACCUGUCUCAUUUUCUUUUCUUUUUUUUUUUUUUUCUCGCUCUCUCUUCGCUUCUCCUGUGUGUAUUUCAUUCACCUCUUUCCGUGCACAUGCCCUUUCUUCCUCUUCUACCCCUCCGUUGAUGAAUUCUGACUUGAUGACCUUUCGUGUGGCCGUGACUGUACAUUCCCGACUCCCCUGGCCAUACCCGACAUAGCUGCGUUGCGAUGGUUGUUUUCAAGCGUUCAGCCGGCCCAGCCACGGCUGGGAUCGUUGCUCUCCGUUUCGAAUUGCCGAUAUGAAGUUGUUUUUAUUACCGGAAUCCGUAGUGAUGUGUCUGCCCUCCACAUUAGAGAUAGAUCCAGUCAAAUUCUAGCAAUGAUUUCCCG